GACGACGUUUUCUUGGUUGACACUCAGCUUGCCCGCCUUGCGAAGAAGGUUCGUGCUGUCGAUAAAAGCCUGGCCAAGGCUGGUCUCCGCCUCGCGACUGAGAAGACCAAAAUUGUAGCGAAUAAGCACUAUUCUGGUGCUCGCCAGGUCAGGGUCGGGGACAGCCUCUUCACGAUUGCCGGUUUGGGUGAGUCCAUCCGUGUCCUGGGGGUGACCUUCGCCCUCACUGACGACCCCUCCGAACAGGCCAAGGGAAUCAUUGCACGCACGCACAUGCAUGUCGUGCAGCCUUUGGUCUUCGGCGAGCUCCAGAUGAAGAUUGGCCAACAUGGAAUGCACGUACAAUGCGAUUCGUACGUGUGUGGCUCCACAACAAUCAAGUGGCCCGCUGGUCUGAACGCAUCCUCACGCUUCAGCAUAUGCUCCACGGACACUGGGCCAGAAGGGUUGAGUGUGUUAGGGGUGAAGUUCAAGUCAGCCCACCACUUCGUGCACUUCAGUGGCGCAGUACGCAGUGGUGGAGGUCGCAGCAAGAUCUCACUCGCACUGGCCUCCGUCACCCCGGCCGCUUCUACGCCUCCUGUACAGAAAGGCAACUCUCUGACUCCCAUGGACCCCUUUGGUCAGUUCUUGCACAAGACCGUCGACAAUGGGCAAUCGCGCGAAAAGAAUACAUUGCCCAAUGGGAUGUCAGAUGGACCUCUGGGCGUCAACUUUCACUUCGUUUCUGAAGGGGUUGUCUCGCUGCGUGUGAA